AUGGAGAAUAACGGCUCUGACGACCUUGGGCUUGCCGUCCUAGGCGUCGCCUGGGCUCUUGCUGGGAUCUCGAUCAUCAUCGUUAUAGCCCGAUUUUACGUGCGCCUCCGAAUUGUACGGAAGUUCAGCGUCGAUGACUGCAUCAUUCUCUUCACCCUGGCGAGUUUUAUCCCCAUGCGAAAACACAUUGGUACCCUCGCAGCUACUCCCGAGCGCGUCAUGCAUACCAUCAAAUGGGUGUAUCUUUGCGAAUUCUUCUCUAUCAUGUGUCCUGGAUUUGGUCGAAUCUCCUACGCAUUCCUCCUCCUGAGCAUCACACCACCUACAAAAGCGAGGCGAAGAUCUCUGUGGGCCGUUAUCGGUAUCCAAUUCGUGGUCGACGUAGGCACAGUUUGCAUCAGCUUCUCCCAAUGCAGACCCAUAGAGGGCUUCUGGGACAAAAGUCUCCAAGCGGAUUGCUGGGACCCUACCGUUCAGCAAUACACGGGCUACUUCCAAGGAUCUGUAUGCUCCGCUGUGGACUUGUUCCUUGCACUGUUCCCCUGCAGUCUCUUUUGGAACUUGAACAUGCAUUGGAAGCAGAAAGCGUUUCUCAGUGCACUAAUGGGGCUGGGAAUCUUCGCCAUGGUUGCAUCAAUCGUCAAGACAGUUCAGCUUCGAGCAAUCACUCAAACGGAUGACCCGACAUAUGCUAUGGCUAAGCUUGCCAUUUGGUGGACAUUCGAAGCCUACUUCGUCCUCAUUGCUGUUUCGAUACCGACUAUUCGUCCCAUCUUCAAAAACCCGAAGUCCAUAAUGCGAGACCGAAGAAGUUCUAACAAUACCAACACAUUCCUUAGGUGGCAUCGAAGUCAUGGCAACGUGUCAAGGGAGAACAACGGUCGAUUCGAGCCUCUACAUGAGUCUACAUUACACAACGAGAUCACCGGAUACGAGAUGGGCGGCACUGAUACUCCUGGGGACACCCAUCCUAAAGGCAUACGGAAGGAUAUAUCAGU